AUGCCCGUCUCCCUUACUUCAGUCACCACCGAUGGAAGAACCAACACCGUCCCGAAACUUCGUCCGUACCAGCAGGAGCUGUUUGAGAAGGCGAUACGUGGAGACUCUAUUAUUUACCUUCCAACUGGUGGGGGUAAGACAGUGGUUGCUGCGGCGAUCGCACACUAUAUGCGACGUAAACACGAGAAACGGAUAGUCUUCGUCGUGAAUCGUGUUCCAUUGGUGGCACAACAGGCAAAAGUGCUUGAAAGCGUUUUGGGGAAAGGGUCUCGGGUGGCGACAGUUCGUGGCGGUAAGAAAUCCGUAAAGAGCUGGAGUGUGUUGGUGGAUGAAGGAUGCGAUGGCGUUGUUAUCACCGAUUCCAUAUUUCACGAGUGGAUUAUCGGUUCCCCCAAAGCAAUCACGGAGGACACGUGCCUGGUGGUCAUCGACGAAGUUCAUAACGCUACUGGUGGCUGUCUAAAAAAAAUUUUCGAGUAUAUACAUAGAAUAUGUCCCCGAGAGCCGCAAAGGUGUGCCUCCAAUGAUGGCGUCAGCGAACCAACUCUUCCCCUCCUUCUUGGUCUUACUGCUUCACCCGUUUUGUCCUUCACCAGGUCGGACUCGCUGAACAAACUCAUCGACGUGACGCGCUGUCGCAUCGUGAAUGUGACGGAGAAGAUGGACAAUCUGCUUCAAGAAGUGCCUUUACCGUUAACUGUAGGAGUGGAGUAUUACCUCUCGCCUCCCGAAGAAGCAUUUCUGUUUUAUUUGCAGAGAGCCGCAGUGGCCCUACAGGAUAAUCUCAAAGUAAAGAAAAAUGCACAUUUAAGGGCGGGGUUUGCUUGUCCGGUGGCUUCUGAUGGUUACAUUAAUAGGUGUAAUGAGAUAAAAGUAAAAGCGUGCAGUGGGACAAGCGGCGAGGUUGAUAGGUUUGCGUACAGUAUUGCUACGUUCUUACUUUGUGUGUCCCAAGCUUUCGUUAAACUAAACGAGGUCUCGCUCGGUAGUGCAUACAAAACCGUCAUGGAUGAUAAAUUGUUUAAGUCGUUGCAAGAAAGUCCAGAAUCGGCGGAGCUUGUUGUACCGAUUCUUGAGGGUCUGAUGAAGUUGCUACGGGAAAGCAGGCACAAGUAUCCGGAAAGAGAUCCAGGGCAGGACGAUUCCUCAGUGGGUUUUGACCCAUUUGAGGUAUCUUCAAGGGUCCAGUUUUUAUUGCAGUUGCUUAGUUGGAUUGGCAAACAUGUGGAAGCUAAUCAUGUAGAAGUGGCUGGCAUCAUUUUCUGCGAUACUCGUGCUUCCGUGUUCCGUAUUACUGAAGCUAUUGAGAAGAUUCCCACGCUGAGCUCAUUGUAUAAGCCCCGAGCGCUCGUAGGGAAGGGGAAAACGCUAGUUGAUGGGGAAGAAAAGGGUAUGACCGAUGCCCAACAGAGGGAUGUUAUAGAUGAAUUCCGGAAGGGCAAUACAAGGCUUUUGGUGGCGACGUCCCUAGCUGAAGAGGGACUAGACAUCGCCCAGUGCAACCUUGUUAUUAGAUAUGACUCUUGUGUUUCACUUCGUAGUUUCGUACAAAGUCGUGGGAGGGCCAGGCGGAGGAAUGCACUCUUUAUCGUUUUUGAGCAUGCCCGUCGGGAGAUUAAAGUUGCGGCUGUGGCGAUGAAGGCGGUGCGUCUCCAGGAUUUUCUUGUGAACGCUGUCCGUGAUGCGAUUGAGGUGGGGACUCGGCGGGCCCCCAGAGUUUGGGAGGAAUCUCCGAAGUUUUGGUUACGUCGGUUUGAGCGCCGCCACAAUGCACCGAUUGAGAGGAAGGAGACGGACUGCCGUACGGAUUUUGGAAGCCACACGCACCCGUUUAUUGUAGAGCUCACUGUUACGAUACCAAAUAACUCUAGUCCUGAAAAAAUUGUGAUUCCUAAACCGUACGAGGGGAAGACCAUUUCUGUAAAAGCGUCGGGCGGCCGUGUGAAAGCGCGGCAGUAUGCCGAAUAUCAACUCUGUGAGGAACUAGACAAGAGGGGGAUACUCAUUGGUGAGGAUGGUGAAAGGGCCCGCAGCAUUUCAACGAUGAAGAUGCUGUCCAACGGAAUUUUGGUAUGUGAGGAGGGAUCCCUCUCUACGUCGGAGCUUCGGAAGCUUUUUUCUCGGAAUCCAACUGCAAUAGAAACUUAUGAUAGGAAGGACUGGGGGCCCCACACUCCCUCUUCUGUCCUGCGGGAUUCUCUCCGUCGUCGUCGUUUGCCUGCGCCAGAAAUUCACAUCAAUCGCUCAGGGGACGAGACUAGAGCUGAAAUUUAUGUGUAUAUGCGGAGGGACGAAAAAAUUGAGCAAAGAAGGUUUGCUGCAAGCGGGGUUUGUGCUUUGGAGGAGGCAGCGAUGAAGGCGCUAAAACAUAUGAAAAUUCAGCUAUUUACUGGCACUGGCCACGUCGAGACCACGGAUGACAUUGGUAGCAGGGAUUUAGCUUGGGAAAGUGAAACCAGCGAAUCCGAGAAUUAA